UGACCCUUCCCUGGAGCUCGACCGCCCGACGGUUCCUCUGCUCCCUCUUUGCUGCUUUCUCUCCUCACCUCCUCCCUCCGCCGUCGGCGUCGCCAGCGCCGGGCGCCAUGGGUUGCGGUGGCUCCAAAGAGGACGUGGCCACCGGCAACACCGCCGCCAACGGCGCCGGCAAGCUCUUCCGGAGGAAGUCCACCAUGUCCGCCAGCCACCGCUCCUCCCACGCGCCCUCCCCCUCCUCGUCCGACGACACCUCCGUCGCCGUCAAGGACGUCGCCAAGGAGCCGUCGGCCGGCGAGACCAAGGCCGACGUCGUCGAGGUGGCGUCGGACGAGAAGCCCGUCGCCGUCGUCGAGGAUGAGGAGGAGGCGGUGGCGGCCAAGAAGGAUGUCACCGGUGACGAAGUUUCUGCCACGGUGGACGAGGCGGCGCAACCUCCUUUGAAGGAGGAGGGCGGGCUGCCGAAAUCCAACAUGGCCGAUGAGGCGCCGGUGGUGGAGGAGGCUAAGGUCGAUGAGGCGAAGGAAGCAGUAGUAGCACUCAUCAAGGAGGAGACCAAACCCGAGGAGACCAAGGAGGAAGAGACGUCUCCUGCUUCCACAAACGAUCGUGGUACGUCUCGCACUAAUUUGAAUUUAGCAUCUAUACAAAUCGUGAUUUAAGCAAAGUUAACGACUUUUUUUACACUAAGUUAACGAUACUUUUUUUUGCGAAAUAAGUUAACGACACUUGUGCAACAAGUGAAUGUAUUUUUUGUUUCUCUAGUCGUUUGAUAUUUGUGAUUUUUGUAACUCAAAGGUCACCUCGGUGGAAUACACUUUAGAAAGCCUCAAACAACCAAGAUGUUGCAACUUUCAGUUUCUUUUUUGGAACGGGUUUUAUCCCCUCUAAUUUUUUUUCUUAGACAUAAUUUUAUCUUUUCCACUUGUAGUUGUCCGACUUCACAAACCCCUUAAGUUUAUUUUGGCCUAUAUAAAUUCACAUUGUGCCAUAUGGAGUGAGAACAACUUGGGAAUGAGAAUGGUUGUUCGUCCAUCCGAACUCGCAGGGCCAAUUUUUGACCCAAAAGGAGUUUUAUAGAUUUUUAUUCUGGAACCUAGAUUUUUUCUAUAAAGGCUUCCGUAGAAAUAAGUUGGAUGCAGUUCCAACAGAGAACUUUCAUUGAGCUAGUCCAGCCUUAUGGAUUCUCUCUUUGUUUCUAUGCCGUCUAUAUUAUACUACUUAAAUAAAACAAGUUUCUUCGCCUUCAUUUGUGGUGCAAUGAAAAAUUCAGUGUCAUAUAUUAAUUGUUUCGAAAUAUCUCUAGUACUCAACGUGACAUGAUAUUUACCAUUUGUGUUUCCGGAUCUCUGCUUUAAUGCAUUAAAAAUUUCUUUCGUGGAGACAGUAAGAAGGUGUAAGCAUGUGUGUUAUUUGCGGGAGAAUCGGCCGGGCAGAGCACCACAAAAUCACAUGGAGGCCAACCCCAUUGACGAACAGAAGGUAAAGGAUAAUGCGCCCCCCGUGCUGGAGCCGUCGUCGUCGUCGUUGUAGAAUAGCGCAUCUGCUUCUAUUGCCCCAAGCAAAUCGACGGCGAACUAACCGAGUGAAGGCGGGAAGGCACGGACGUUGCAAGCAGGCAUGCGUGGACACAUAGGGCGUGUUUGGUUGCAGUAGUGAACAAUACCUGCAUUGCAUACACAUCUCAACCCAGUCUGGCUCUGAAAAAAGUCUCAUAUGCGACAUCUGCGAGUUGUUUGGUUGCGUGCAUUAGGGGAUCAACUUUGACAGUUUGUUUGGUUGCCUGCAUGGGGUAUGAUUAAGAGCUAGCACUUGCACUUAGCACACAGGGUUAAGAGCUAGCAGAGGAA